UUGAUUGAAGCCGAGCCGUUGCGGUUGCACUUGUUUUAGUCCAUCGAAUUAACUAAGUAUUAGCAACAAAAUGACCAAAACCCGAGUUUAUGUUGUUGGUGUUGGCAUGACCAAGUUCGAGAAACCUGGUCGCCGCGCUGACGUCUGCUAUCCGGACUUUGCUAAGGAGGCAGUCACCAAGGCGCUGCAGGAUGCCAAACUCCAGUACACGGAUGUGCAACAGGCCGUUGUCGGCUAUGUCUAUGGCGACUCCACCUGUGGCCAGCGUGCGGUCUAUGAAGUGGGCAUGACAGGCAUUCCCGUCUACAAUGUGAACAACAAUUGCUCCACGGGCUCGAGUGCCUUGUACCUGGGCAAGCAGAUCAUCGAGGCGGGCAGCGCAGACUGUGUGCUGGCUCUGGGCUUUGAGAAAAUGGAGCGCGGCUCGUUAUCAUCAAAGUACUUUGAUCGUGCCAAUCCCAUGGAGCGUCACAUCACCGAAAUGGGUGCGCUGACGGAAAUAGGACCUGGGCCAAUGGCUGCCCAGAUCUUCGGCAAUGCCGGCAAGGAGCACAUGAAGAAGUACGGCACAAAGCCGGAGCAUUUUGGCAAGAUCGCCUGGAAGAACCACAAGCACUCCGUCAAUAAUCCUUACUCGCAGUUCCGCGAUGAAUACAGCCUGGAGCAGAUUAUGAAGUCGCCGCAGGUGGUUGAGGGCGUGCUGACCAAGCUGCAAUGCUGUCCCACAUCGGAUGGCUCUGGCGCCGCCAUUCUGGCCUCCGAGCAGUUCGUGCGUCGUCAUGGCUUGGAGAAGCAGGCCGUGGAGAUUGUGGGCAUGGAAAUGGCUAGCGAUCCGGAGUCAACUUUCGCCGACAAGAGCCUCAUGAAGAUUGCUGGCUACGACAUGACUCGCCUUGCCGCGGAACGUCUGUUCGCCAAGAGCGGCUAUAAGCCGCAGGAUGUGCAGGUCGUGGAGCUGCACGAUUGCUUCUCGGCCAAUGAGCUGGUCACCUACGAGGCGUUGGGUCUCUGUGGCGAGGGCAAGGCCGGCGAGUUCAUCGAUCGUGGCGACAACACAUAUGGCGGCAAAUUUGUGAUCAAUCCCAGUGGCGGUCUUAUCUCCAAGGGCCAUCCGCUAGGCGCCACAGGCUUGGCUCAGUGUGCCGAGCUCUGCUGGCAGCUGCGUGGCCUCGCCGAGAAACGCCAGGUGCCCAAUGUCCAGCUGGCCCUGCAGCACAACCUGGGUCUGGGUGGUGCCGUUGUGGUGGCGCUCUAUCGCCUGGGUUUUCCAGGUGCCAGCCGCGUCAGGCACAAUUUGACUGGCGCCAAGUUGGCGGUUAGUGAGGAGGGCUUCAAAGUGUCGCCGUUGCUGAAGCUGCUCGAGCAGGCCAUGCAGGAGGACAAGGACAAUCUAAUUGAGAAGGUGCGCGCUGUAUACGGCUUUAGGGUGAACAAUGGACCCCAAGGACAGACGGGCUACUGGGUAAUCGAUGCCAAGCAGGGCAAGGGCAAGGUCAUCUUCAAUGGCACACAAAAAUGUGAUGUUACCUUUAUAAUCAGCGACGAUGAUGUCUUUGAUCUGCUGACGGGCAAGCUGCCGCCCCAGAAGGCCUUCUUCCAGGGCAAGAUCAAGAUACAGGGCAACAUGGGCUUUGCCAUGAAGCUGAUGGACUUGCAGCGCUCGGCGCAGGGUCGCAUCGAGGAGCUGCGCUCCAAGCUCUAAAUAUUCCAAGCAUACCCUUGGCAUUUGCCACAAUCCUUGGUUGGGUUUACUUAAACGUAGCUUAUAUAUAUAUAUAUAUAUAUAUAUAUUUGAUUCUUAUGUAUUAUU